GUAGUUCGCAGUUCGCUCAUAUACAGGAAACAACCUCAUGCUGUACACAAACGUAUUUAAUUUCUGAGCUUGUUUGAGACCUUGCUGGCUACUUGGGAGACGACAUUUACAACACGAAAUCUUGUACUAAACAAGAUUGAGAAUCAUGGCUCGGAGUUCGUUCGACUUGGGUGUUUUUGCUCGUGAAAAUGACCUGAGCGAGCAGACUGUGGCCAAGCUGGAGGGCCAGGAGUUCAACUCGGUCAAGAGUCUCAGCAACAUGACUCCCGAGGACAUCGGCGAGCUGCAACUUUCCAAGGGACAACAGAGAGCCUUGGAGGGGGGCAUCAGCUCACUAAAGGCUGCACAGGCUGCUGUAUCUGUGGGGUCGCCACAGGUCAACGACAAAGGCCUUGAAAAGAGUCCAACCUGCGUGGUACAACCCAUCAUACGGGAGAAGGAAAAACCAAAGUCUCGUCUUUUGACACGUGGAUCAAAGUCAUUUGACAUCCCACCAAGUGACCCACCACAGUCGGGCAAUCGGAACCGUAGCCUUAACGUCACAUCGAAAGAAUAUAAGCAGCUGAAAGAAUUCGUGGAUAAAAGUAAGGAAACGUCAGAAGAUGAUAAGCCGAAAGAAAAGAAACCAGCACCACUGAAGAAGAGAUUGUCUGGUCUGAUAGGAAUGUUCGAGAGCCCUCCUUGUUCACCGAAGUACACGCCUAAAUCAGAUGAGAAGGCAACACAGAAGCCACCGCAAGAGGAGUCAGUAUCAAAACCACCACAACAGGAGGCAACACCAAAACCAGCACAAGGGAAGGCAGGACCAAAACUAGAAGAGGAAAAGGAAACAACGACACCCCAACAAGGCGGUAAGCAUGCCACUGCAAACAGAAAAUCGCUGUUACUGACCAGACCCAAUGUGGCACCGCCUCCUCCACCGCAGCCUAAAGAUACAACAGAACACCCCACUGCCAAGAGCACAGUCAAUGUAAGCAACGAUGCCUGUAAUGACAAGGAUGAAGAAAGCACUCGUGUUAAAGCUAAGAAAGGUCCAAAAUUGUCUAGCCUUACACUUUCACGAGAACACGAGAGCAUACCGUCUCCCGUCUAUGAAGACGUGUUCAAAUGGAGCAAACCUGAAGCUAAAACCGACGUAAGUCCCCAGACGCCCGCUUUUCAAUCAGCACAGGAAACGACAGAGCAAGAGGCAAAGAAGUCUGUCUUAGAACAGGCGAAGGUGAUGGAAAAGUUUAUGAGCCCUGGCCAAACAACUAGUGCUCCAGUGACGCCAGAGUGUCAAAGGCGUAUUGGAAGUGAUAGCUCCGUCGGUGGUCAAAACCUGCCGAGACAACGCGAACGUCGUAAGUCCGAGGUAACUCCCGGAAGCAAGAAAAAGAAGGCUCCGCCUGUCAAGAAGAGAUCAUCCAUGUUGGACCUGAUCAAUACCUUUCAGCCGAACGCAACGCCGGAUCAAAGCUUGUCACACACUGACAAACCUGGUUCUCCAAGGCUAUCGUCUGGCAGUGACCACGAGUCAUCUUCGCCAAGGCUGCGAUCACAAAGUGUCAAGCAAGGAAGCAACACCGUUUCACAGCUUCAGACAAAACUCUUCGGACCAACAAACGUAACAGAAGACAACGCGGGGCAGAAAUCCUUGUGCAGCGAAAACAUUAGCCCUCAGCAAGACCAAGCCUCUGGGAGUGUGAAAGCUCGAGCCAAAAUGCUGAAGAAGGUGAUGUCCUCUCCCAACAUGCUGGCAACCACCGUGAACGACCCAAGAUCCACAAGUCCCUCUGGCGUACGCAAACCCCACCUUAGCGGCGGAGAAGAGGGCAGUACCACAAGAAGCAUUGCAGCUAGGGCCGUGGAGCUUGAAAAGAAAUUGUCUCCUUCAAGCCCUCCUGCUACCCUAGUGCCUGAGGCAACGGGCAGUACACAGUACCAGAUGAGUGGCAACCACAAUCAAGAUGGACAGUCGUAUGGGGCGAAACAAGCCGAAGACACGUACAUGCCACUUGUACCACAGGGAGAAAAACCCAAGCACGAUUACGACUACAGUCACCUGGAUGAUGAAAGUACUAAGGACGGGAGUGAGACUGAACACAUGUACUUUGUGAUUCCCGAAAUGCAGGAUAGCACGCCAGAGACGACACCCCCUGCAAUCCCCCCGAAACCUCUCUUGGGUCUGCCCAAACCCAGAGCCACAAUGACAUUAGGGCGCACAUUCCAGGUGCAAACGAAGCUUAACUUGUCUGCCGACAUUAGCCCGAUGGGGUUCAGACCGAUCGUCGUUCAGUCGACAGGUACCACUGGAGGUGGUCCUGAUCCCGAGAAGGUCAGGUACUGGACGCGCAAAGACGUCAAGAAAUGGAUAAAGACGUCCUGGCCUGAGCAUCUGCAGUACCUGCGGAAACCGUUCUUCAGUAAGAAAAUAAACGGGGAGGCACUGCUGUCCCUGUCCAUGUUACGUCUGGAAAGGGACUUUGACGUGAACAACCUGAACGACAAGCACCUGAUUCUUGACAAGAUACAGGAGCUGCGCUUCUUUCACACGGUGGAGAAACUGCCGGAUCAGUCGGAUGAGGACCUUUUGAGUAAUGUCCCCAUGUACCAGAACUAUGACGUGCUGGUAGAACAGCAGGUCGCAUCCGGAGGAGGACAGAAAGAGAAGAUCGUGACCAUCUCCCGAGCUCAGGCCCCGGCUUUGUGGAAAAAUCUUUCUGUGGUGCAAAGGAAGGUUCAGCUAAAAGAGUUGGAUUCCAGAAAGACCAAGCUACAAGAGGCCAAGUACGAGAUCCUGAGUAAACAGUCGUCCUACAUGCGGAGCCUCCAGGUUCUGGCUGAUCAUUUCGAGGAUGACGAAACCCUCAUGUUCAUCCUCGGACCACAUUACCACAGACGGCUGUUCGCCUAUGUCGACAACCUCCUGUCAAUCACCACCAGCGUCUUCAGAGAGAUGAAGAAGUCGCUCCACGAUGACGUCAUGAUGACGACCUUCUGUAAGAUCCUGUGGGAAAGUUGCAGCCGGUAUUUUCACGACUAUGAGAAGUACUGCCGCUCCAUGAGGUACCAGGAGAUCCUGCUGGAGAAACUCAGCCUGACUGACCAGCUGUUCAAGGAGCGGCUGAGUAAGCUGGAGGGAGAUCCGUGUUGCCGUGGUAACAACUUCAACUCGUUCCUGGUGAUGCCCAUGCAGCACGUGACUCGUCUUCCGCUGUUGUUAGAGACCGUGUUGAAGUACGCGCCUUCUGGAUCCGACGACGAGAAAUGGGCUACAGAGGCACUCAAGGCGAGCAAAGUGGCUAUCAAGAGGUGUAACGAAGCUGCUCGGAGCAUGGCUGACUCCAUGGAACUACAGGGACGACUAUCAUUCAAGAAUACUAAGGGAGCCGAGGUCGCGUCCCCGGAACGGUGGCUGGAGAAAAUCGGGACUGUGACGGAAGUGAGGGAGGGAAAAAACAAGACAUCUGUGCAGCUCAUCCUGUGCAACGAUCUGGUUUUGCUGGCACAAAAAGAGCAGAAGAAACUUGAAGUUCUAGACUACGCCGCCAGGGGGCUUGUGGAGGUUCAGCCUGUAGGUGCCGCGGUGUGUCGCGCCUUCGGGAAGGACAAACCGCUGUACCAAGUCACCUUCCGGGCCAACCACGAGGGCAAAACCGCCGAGCGGGUGCUGUACCCGGACUCCAAAGAGGACACAAAGCUACUUGAGUUACUGAUGGACGUCCCGGCACAACAGCUGGACAGAGAAGGACAGACGUUGUCGGGUGUCUAUGGCGACAAGUUUGGUAUCGUCAUAUACGAGUGCGACAACCAGCUGCCGAAUGAAAAUAUGGCAUUCCUAAAAGACGACGUGGUGAGAGUUGACGGAACAACUGAUAAUACUGGAGUGUGGCUCCAGGUGUCCAGAGUUCGUGACGGAAGGAUGGGGAUCCUGCCUACUAACGGUGUUCUACAACCCUGUGUGCGGGGAACACCGAUAUCAGUGUAAUGUAAAUAAUGCUGAGGUCACAUUUCCAACUCGGAGCCCGGCCGGGCUGUUUACGUAAAUAGUCAUGCCUUCAAAUAUCAGAGUUAUCAACCAA